GGUGGGCCUAACUGGCUGGUUUCAGCUGCUGUAGGGGCUCGAGUAGCAUUUCUUCUUGCUCUUACUUGAAACCCGUGGUAUAGGAGGUACCAGAGUGCACCUUGGUAGCACAGACAAAUGUACUAAGUCCUGUGACUUGUGAAUAAAACAGAAGAGAACCUUGUCCUAGCAGAGCUUAAAGUCCAUUAGGUUACUGUCUCAAAGGAGGUUUGCUGAAGACAACUUACUGAGAUCACUGUCACUUAAAAGUGAUUGAUAUAUCCUGGUGCAAAUAUUCAAGGAAGAAGCAGACAGGACACUAUGGACCAGCAACUGAAGAAAAGGGCAAAGACUUGUGGCCAGAAAGGCCUGGCUAGAAGACCCUUCAAGAGGGAUAAGCGAAGGCCAUCUAAGCUACAGGCAGUCCAGAAGAAACUUCCCAACACAACAUGGGCCUUAGAAGAUGAAGGUGUGCUCUUUGAGACAAGCAAUCUGGUUGUUGGAGAAGACUCUUUCUCUGACUGUUACAUAGAAUGCAUAAUAAGAGGUGAGUUUUCUGAACCCAUUCUGGAAGAAGACUCACUUAAGUCCCUUAAAUACCUGGAAGAAGGAUCAGAGCAAGAGCUUUCUCAACAGGUUCUUACAGCAAGCUCACUUCUGAAAAAAUCCUUGAAAUGUGCACAGAAAGGGGCAAAACAAGAACUUCCUCAACAGAUUGUCAGAGAGAAUUCACAGCUUAAGUAUUCUGAGUAUGUAAUGGGCAAGAAGCUUCCUCCUGGAGGAGCACCCAGCAUUGACCUACCAAAUCCUAAACAGUCUGCAGAAUUUGCUAGAAAGAAGCCAGCAAGAAAUAAGGAAUAUGAGGCUCCAGAAAGAAUUGUUUGUCCUUACAGUGGAUGCCCAAAAAAGGUAAAGAAUAGAGCUUCCCUGAGAAAGCAUCUCCUUGUCCAUGGUCCUCGUGAUCACGUAUGUGCAGAAUGUGGGAAAGCAUUCAAUGAGAGUUCGAAACUAAAAAGACAUUUUCUUGUUCAUACUGGAGAGAAGCCAUUUCAGUGCACUUUUGAGGGGUGUGGAAAACGCUUUUCCCUGGACUACAAUUUGCGUACACAUGUCCGCAUCCACACUGGGGAGAAACGUUUUGUGUGUCCCUUUGAAAGUUGUCACAAGAGGUUUAUUCAGUCAAAUAAUAUGAAAGUUCACGUCUUAACUCAUGGAAAGACCAACAAAAAUGAGUGAAAGAGAAGACGGAAAAGAGGCCUUUAACAGGAUAAGUAUAUUAACAAAAGAGUAAUUUGGGGACAAAUGGACCUUGCUGUUGUCUCCAGGAAAGAGUUUUUUGAAGCAGUUGCAAUCCUACAUGGCUAUUUUUGUUUUAACGUACUAUAGUGCUCCAGUAGUUUAUGACACCAUUUUAGGACACUAUAGAAUUACGUGUUUCCAACAAGAAGAUCCGUAAUAAUUGACUGAAAAAGCAUAAUCCUUAAUACAUUAUGAAUUGGAUUACUGGAUAUGGGACUUAUUUUCACAUGCUAUAAAUAGAAAUUUACUUUGUUUUUAAAAUGUGUCGUUCCCAGUUGUUUAGCUUUGUCUUUUAGGAAUAAACAACAUGCAGCAUGUGAUAAUCUUAGAGAAUGUUGGCAGUAGAUUGUCAGUAAGUGAAUGAGUAGUUAAAAAUGUUUAAAAGUUCAAUAU